CAAUGUUAACAUGCAACAGGUCUAUAUCCCUGUUUUCAGCUCCAAUACUUGACCUAUUUUUUAAAAAAGCAUUUCUAUUUGAAUGUGUUUUUUUAACCUGCCUACUGGGGCGUGGGUGGCACUGUGGGUUAAACCACUGAACCUAGGGCUUGCCGACCAGAAGGUUGGCGGUUCGAAUCCCCGCCCGGGGUGAGCUCCCGUUGCUUGGUCCCAGCUCCUGCCAACCUGGCAGUUCGAAAGCAUGUCAAAGUGCAAGUAGAUAAAUAGGUACCACUACAGCGGGAAGGUAAACGGUGUUUCCGUGCGCUGCUCUGGUUCGCCAGAAGCGGCGUUGUCAUGCUGGCCACAUGACCUGGAAGCUGUACGCCGGCUCCCUCGGCCAAUAACACGAGAUGAGCGGCGCAACCCCAGAGUCGGUCACAACUGGACCUAAUGGUCAGGGGUCCCUUUACCUUUGCCUAGUAUUUAGCAAAACUAUGUUGAUGCAUAUUGUGCAAAAAACAACAACCUUACUACCUCAAACCUGAUACACUUUGAAUGGGCCAGGAUGCUACUUGCAGUAAGAAACGCUCAAGGCUGCCUACAACCUAAAUUAAAAUAAACGGUCUUCAUAGGGUGCUCUGUUUUAUAGAGUCAGAUCAUUGGUCCCAGUAGUUUCAUGUAUAGACAUUAAACAAUGAGUUACAGAAGUCCUCCACACUAGUCUGGAAGCACCAGAAUCGGGGAAACUGCCCUGUCUGCAUAGGAGCUCUUUUUGUGUGUUCUAGCUCCCAGAUACUGAUCUUUGUAUUAGCCCAUUGUUUGCUGGCUGUCCACUAAGAGCUUGGGAACUAUUACAACCUGAUACAGAUGAAAGUCUUUGCACUAAUUGAAGGGAAGCAAAUAGUUUCUUACACAUCAUUGUUGUGCAGUAUGGCCUGUGAUGGUGUGCCAUAAAAUCUAAUUACAUUCUCAGUGUUGCAGAGAGAAACACUAUCAGUGUCCGCUUAUCUCCAUCAUAAUGAGGGCGUUUCCACCAUGCUCUGCUGGAUGACACAAUUCUGAUUUCAGUGGGAUGAACUUUACCACACAUUGCAACUUUGUGUAAUAAUGAAAUCCUGCAAUGUGGUCAAGAUGUUAGAAGCUAUUCUGGAUUGAGCUCUCACUUCAACAUAGCUUAGGAAUCAUUUGGGUUUUUAUCUGGUAGUAACUGACACCAUUAUAAUGCCACAGUGGUGGUGUAGAAUUCAGUGUUUGAUUUCUUUUUUUGCAAUAGAACAGAGUGAUCUGAGUAACAUACUGAGCAAUUCUUGUAGCUUCCCCAAUUAUUGUUAAAAUCUCAUCUCUCGCUCUUUCUUCCCUCUCCCCUGCCCCGCCCAACACAUCCACCCCUCAUUGUAUAUUUGUUAUUGGCCAAGCUCAGUUACCAUAUAAAGAAAACUCAAAGCCAUGCCUGUAACUCGCAACCGUUGUUUGAACAAAUGUGUCCAGGUAGCUCAGUUGGAAGAACACGAGACUCUUAAUUUCAGAGUCGUGGAUUCGAGCCGCACGUUGGGCCAAAGAUUCCUGCAGUGCAGGGGGUUGGACUAGAUGACCCGGGGGCUCCUUACAAUUUUGACUCUAGAGCGAUCUUGGAUAGCUGAAAACAUGGCUUCAAGUGCAGGAUCUCUUCGUUUAGACGCUCAUCAAAUAACAGCAAAAAGGUAACGCAAAAUGGUGACUCCUGUUUUGAACACGAAGGGGAAAGGCCAGCUCCUCCUCGGCCUUCCAAGCCGGAGAAUGGGGUGAAAUCUCUACCCCACUUCUUCCCACAAAGCGCCGCGCUUUCCACGUGCGCCCUCUGCUCAUGCGCCCCUGAGCGGGUUAGAUCUCGCCCUUUUAGUAUCCAUUACUCAUCUCUCGUGCGCCCCCGGGGAAGAAUGGACGGCGGCUCCGCGGCUCGCCCGCUGCGCGUCUUGGUGGACAUGGACGGGGUCCUGGCGGAUUUCGAAGGCGCGCUGCUGCGGGGCUUCGCCGCCGCCUUCCCCGAAGAGCCUCGCGUGGAACUGGCGCAGCGAAGGGGCUUCUUGGCGCUGGAGCAAUACCGCUCCCUGCGGGAGGAUCUGGGGGUGAAGGUAGCCAGUGUGUACGAGUCACCAGGAUUCUUUCUGGGUUUGGAUCCCAUUCCAGGAGCUAUCGAAGCAAUGCAGGAGAUGAUUCAAAUGCCCAACACAGAAGUCUUUAUUUGCACAAGCCCUAUACGGAAAUAUGAAUACUGCGUUCAAGAGAAGUGGCUUACCUGCUUCAUUGCCAAGUACAGCUGGGUUCAAAAGCACUUGGGUCCCAAAUUUGUGGAGCGGAUAAUUCUGACCAGAGAUAAAACAGUUGUGUCUGCUGAUCUGCUCUUUGAUGACAAGGAUGCUGUUAAAGGGGUUGAGCCUAAUCCGAGCUGGGAGCACAUCUUGUUCUCUUGCUGUCAUAACAAGCAUCUAAAGCUGCAGCCCCCACGAAGGAGACUCGAGUCUUGGACUGAUGACUGGAGGGCAAUACUGGAGAGCAAGCGCUCCAAGUGAUGGCUGAAGAAAGGGGCGUGUAUUUCAACAGGCAGUGAAAGUGACCCCAAACACCAGCUGGUCAUUAAACCCCACUGGAACAAAGCAAGAUGCCCACCCACUGAGCUGGCCCAGACGGAAAUAGAUUUCCUGUUUGCAAGAGAAGAGUGUUUUGUCCUAAUUAAACAUCAGCAAUGCGAGUUGUAAA